AGGAGCUGAGGAGUAAAGAGCUGAAGAUGUAAAUCCAUGAUGAGCCUGAACAAGUGUUCAGAGAGAGAGAGAGAGAAAGGGUGAGGGAGGAUAAAACGAGGUUACCGUCUGACAGACAGAGAGAGGGAGCGAGAGAGUGACAAGACGAGAGAGAGCAGAAAAAGAGGUUACCACGGUAACUCCGGGGACGUCGCUGCAGCGGCGAGGACACCAGGACACACAGGUUGAAGAGAUGACAAGCAGAUGCUGCACAGUCCCACACUAUUUGUGCAAAGGAUCCCUUGACACCCUGAUAACUAGAACAAUUUCAAAGUCCCUGAUGAGGGUCAAAGUCCACAGAAAAGGAACAUACAGUCGUUACGCACUUUGUUACUAGGAUGUCUCAGGCAGGUAAAGUCCUUCACCUCUAUGUUGAGGUGAGGUCUGUUGCUGAAGAAGACAGGACAGCACAGCAAAGAGGACCUAAUGGGAAUGGUCACCUGAUGCUUCAGUGCCCUGAUGUUCUUCCUCACUCCCAGAGAAGCUCAGUCCACUCUAGCCCCAGCCGCAGUCCUGAUCUUUCCCCAGUUACACGACACCAUACUGGAGAUGACGGUCACAGCUUAACCCCAUCCAAGUGCUCCUCUAGACACUCAGUCAGCUUCCAACUCCAAAACCCUGAUGCUGCAGGGUGUCCCCCCCAAGUCCACCGGCAAGAUGUAUUGUAUGAUAACCUUGGUCAGUUACUUGAAGUGCUCUCUCCUGGAACCACCAGUUCUGGCCAUCAUGUUCCACUGGCAUACACCCAUUCCACUGAUAUGGAUCUUUACCAUGGGAGAGUGUGUGUCUCUCCAUCUUCUGCUUCUGGGCAGCUGACUGUUCCUUCCACAGCUACUAGCACCAGAAGAUAUGAAGUGGAUGAUGAGGAGGGGAAAACAUCUGUGGUGACCUUUGGCUAUGUAGAAAAAGCCAAUGUUCAUAGCAUGAGCAACCGACGUACCUCUCUGUGCCAUAAUGAGUUGGAGAACCCAUUGAACAGAAUGGAAGGGCAGUCUGUACACCUCAGAAAGAGGCUCAGUGACCCAGUGUGGUACAAUGGUCAGGAACUGCAGGGUGACCCUUACUCAGGUCACCACUACCCAUCACAGCAUGAGUCUCCACGGGCCUCACCUUAUCUACAGAGGGCCACACUGGAUGCAGUAGCUAAAGAUGCCACCUAUAGGGCCUUGGAGGAAUUUGGAUCACCAGAACUACAGCGCAGAUUUGCAGGUCAUUGCCCAGAUAAUUACAGUCCAGUCCUUCCACGGCACUACCAGUCUUCUCGCUGCAGGUCAUGGUCGGGGUCUCCUGUUCUGCCUCGCAACACCUUCACUCUGCCGUCAAAGACCCAGCUCCUGGAGUUGGACAGGGGUCUUAGUCGUAGCUCAGUGAAUGGGUUACCCAGAAGUCCUGCCUCUGACCAGCUGUAUGCCCAGACAAAGGGUUCCACCAGUUCGGUGGCUCCACCUGUUUCCCCUCAUGGAUUACCUCAGAAUAGGCACAGGCAGUGGGUAGGGGACGAGAGCCCGAGGUUGUCCAAAGCAUUCCAACCAACUUUACCCACAGGGAGACCCACAGACAUCCAGCAUGAUAUUCCAAACAUCCGAGUCACCCCAAGCAACCAGCCCAAAACUUCUUCCCUAUCUAGAGGGAACAACCAACACAGUAUUAAUAGCUGCAAUACUAACAUUACCAACACCAGUCAUAAUGCUAACACUUAUAAUGUUAAUGAUAACUCCAAUUUAACUAAGACCCACUGUAGACAAUCACGCUGCAGUAGCAGAAGUAGUGAUGUUAUCAGUCCCACUAAUGGCAGGAGAAGUGUCUCCCCAUCCUCAAACUUAGAAGUGGCUUGCAAGUUAGCAGUGGAGGCCGCCAAAAUGUCCAGCAUUUUCGCGGACAGACACACCUCCUCCCCAACACCUUCCCAAGUUGAGUCCCUUUCCUCAGACAAUCCUAAGACAAGAGGAAUGUCACCAAGAUUAUUCCAGCCAUAUGCCACUCAUUAUGGGCCAAGCCCACCUGAGCCUCUUCACGCAGACAGCCAGAACCACAGCUGGAAUUCAGACAAACCAAAACCACAAACCCAACCAGGACGCAUCUCACCUCUGCUAUCUAGGAAAGGCAUCUCUUCACCAGCAUCUCCAGCCUUACCAGCAAGGUUACAACAUCCAGAUCCCUCACAGUCCCCGGUACUGGACCCUCGGCUACAACAUAGUCCAUCUCCCAGUAAGGACAUGUCUACUCUGCAUCGUUAUCAGCCACCUCAGUACACUGGAAACCAUGAAUCUGAUAGCUCAGAUUGGAGGAAGAAUGAUCACGUCUUUGAUAGAUCCCUCAAAGAUAGCCCUGAACUAUCCAGGAGAGUCAUCUCUGGCCAACAUACCCAGGCCAUACCUGUGAGCUGGACCUCCAGGCACCAAGAGUGGAGGGAGGCUAACCCAGUCCAGAACCGGGAUGAAUUCUGUGAACAAACUUACAGAUUUUCAGCUACUAGAGUUUCUAAUUCAAGAAAAGAUGAAUGUGCAACAAAGAAGAGAGGAGACAAAGGGACCAAGGCAUCCAUCCAGGGAUAUCAGACGCUGGCGGUGGAUGUGGCAGAGAAUCAGAGGGCGGAGGUUUGCGAUUACAGCGGGGCUGCUCGGUCUUCCUCUCAGAGCUCCAGUGGAGUAACAGGCAGUUUGGGAGACGGUUCCCAUGUGGACAGAAAUGACACACUGUCACCUGAAACCUCCAGCCAGUCAAGUCAUGAUACACCGAACAGCAUUUCAGGGAUACAGUUGGGUGGUGAUUUGACGUCAAUUCCGUCCUCACGAUCACAGAAGAUUGCCAAAGCCAAGUGGGAGUUUUUGUUUGGAGGGCAGACAGAGGAGAGUCGCUGCAGUAAAGAUGCUCUGUCCACGACACCCCCAACCAGUGCCUCAACAAGCCCAUCUCCUCCCUCCUCACUCCUUCUGAAUCCAGCCAAUCAGAAGAAGGGGAGGGACAGCGAGGGUCAAAAGUUGUCAGAUCACCAGGUGCGACAGAUUGAGGUAGAGCUGGUGACCAAGGACCCUCGAGGCUCCACUUGCAACACGGGCAUCAUCCGCCGAACCAUUAAAUACUCUGAGACGGAUCUGGACGCUGUGCCGCUGCGCUGCUACAGAGAGACCGACCUGGACGAGGUGAUGCGGGCAGAGGCAGAAGCGGCCGAGGAGGCGGAGCCAGACUCUGCCUUUGGUAGUAACCGUAGCGUUCUAGGAUUAUCUAGCUUCGGCCCUGGUGACACAUCCCCAAAAUUCCGGGGCAGUGGGGGAAAGGACGAUGAUGAGGAGGGGGAAGAAGAAGAGGAGGAGGAGGAGGAGGAGGAGGAGGAGGAAGAGGAGGAAGGAGUGGUGAGCUGGGCCAGUGUCCGGAUGCUGGGGGACAGACAGAGACAGAAAGCCGCCAAGGACGAGGAGGAAGUGUUCAGUCUGCUGCUGAAGGGGCCGUUGGAAGCAGCAUGCGACACUCACGGCAACCUCAAGUCUCCGAUCUCAGUGGGCAGCCCCCGACGACCCUCCGACAGCAACCUGGACUCCUUUAGCCGCCAUUUUGAAAGCAUCAUGGAGUCUCACCGAGCAAAAGGCACGUCAUACAGCAGCCUAGACAGCGUGGACCUGCUGACAUCUGGGUCCACCUCUGUAUUCACCUUUGACCUGCCCACACUCACCCCAGAGAUCCAGAGUCAGAUUUGCGAGAGUGCCAAACAAAUCAUCGAGCUGAGCUUUGCACCGCUGUCCCGACCCGACCCAUCUGGACCCUCUGAUACAUCACGGUCGGAACUGACCCUCAGCACCUCAGGAGCAGGGCUCCGAGGAGGCUCCAAGGACGACUCCGUUGGUCCAGUUCGGUCGAGAUCAGAAAAAGAGACGUGGCGUCGUUCCAUCCUCAAGGAUGGCUUUAGAAAGGCCACUUCAGUCCCAUCGCUCCACAGCAGCCCCAGGGAGCGUCCGGUGAACCGCCCCCCUGAGCUGCUGUACCCACAGGCCGACGUGGCGGAGCGCCUGGCACUGGGCGGCAGCGACGAAGCACUGGUGAAUGGCACCAAGCCUGACAUGCAAGCAGCCAAACGACUGGCCAAACGCCUCUACAACCUGGAUGGCUUCAGGAAGUCUGACGUGGCUCGACACCUUGGCAAGAAUAAUGAGUUCAGUCAGAUGGUGGCAGAGGAAUACCUCAAUAACUUCAACUUCAACGGGCUGACGAUCGACCAGGCACUCAGGUCAUUUCUAAGACAGUUUGCUCUGAUGGGUGAAACUCAGGAGCGAGAGAGAGUCCUCACUCACUUCUCCAGGAGAUACAGACAUUGUAACCCAGAGUGUCUGAGCACAGAAGAUAGUGUCCAUACUCUGACCUGUGCUGUCAUGUUGCUGAACACGGACCUUCAUGGAAAUAAUGUGGGGAAGAGGAUGUCCUGCAGUCAGUUCAUCACUAACUUGGAAGGACUCAACAAUGGAAAAGACUUUCCAAAAGAUCUGUUGAAGACUCUGUACAGCUCCAUCAAGAAUGAAAAGCUGCAGUGGACCAUUGAUGAGGAGGAGUUGAGGAAGUCUAUGUCGGAGCUGGCAGACGUUCGAACAGACUCUGCCUCCCACACUAUGAAACGGCUCGGGAGUGGUGGAAACCUCCUAGUGGGCGUGGCCCAGCAGGCAGAUGGCGAGCUCUACAAGAGCGGUUUUUUGGUUCGCAAAGUCCACGCAGACCCCGAUGGGAAGAGGACUCCACGUGGUAAAAGAGGAUGGAAGUCUUUCUAUGCCAUGCUGAAGGGUCUGGUUCUCUACCUGCAGAAGGACGAGUACCGAACAGAGCACGAGCUGACGGAGGAGGAUGUGAAGAACGCCGUCUCCAUCCAUCACUCUCUGGCCAUGAGAGCAGCCGACUACAGCAAGAGGCCCAACGUGUUCUACCUGAGGACGGCCGACUGGAGGGUGUUCCUGUUCCAGGCUCCGAACAGUGAGCAGAUGCAAUCAUGGAUCACUCGUAUCAACGUGGUGGCAGCCAUGUUUUCAGCACCACCGUUCCCAGCUGCCAUUGGCUCCCAGAAGAGAUUUAGUCGUCCUCUGCUGCCAGGGUCCAACACUAAACUUUCUCAGGAGGAACAGGUGAAAUCACACGAGAACAGGUUCAGGGCGGUUUCUUCUGAACUGGCUGAUCUCAUUGCCUCUACCCCUGAUCGCAAGGUCAAAGGUCGUGAGCUGGAGGAGCAAAAACUCCGACAGGAGUACCUGGAGUUUGAGAAAACCCGUUACGGUACGUAUGCCAUGCUGAUGCGGGCCAAACUGUCCAACGGUGACGAGGACCUGUCUGCCUUCGAGUCGAGGUUGUUUGAUGACGGCGGACUCCAGAGAGCGCACUCCAGCCCUACACUACCCCAGGACGCCGCCACCAAGGAGAAGACCCGUGGGACCAAGACGUCAAAAAGCUUAAAGGUGACAUCGUCAUCCUCCAAGAGCGGCGGCAGCAUCAGAGAGGGAAACAAGAAGAAGAACGGUGGCGAGACCAAGCAGCAGCUAGAGCUGCAGAAACAGAGCAGCAAGCAGGAAGAGGCGUCGUAAGCAACCAGUGAAGGUUUACAGAAAGUGUGUCUGGUGAUGGACAUGAAGCAUUAUGGGUAGCAGGCUGACAUCCUCCUUUAAUUCUUUUUAAGUUAAACCUCAGUCAGAUCCUGAUUAGCUGAGGCAGUUUUCCUCCUGAGCUUAAACACUCAGGAGGAAAUGCUCGUCACAUUUGGCGACAACAGGUGAUGUUGCACUUUUAUUCAGGAAGUGACAGUCUUCAGGUUACACCUUCCAUUGUUCCUCGUAACAUCAGUUUCAGCAGGUAAAAAAGGAAAAUCAGAUGGAAAGUUUCACAAUAAGAGCUUUAGUUCUGGUUCAAUCUUCUAUUUCAGGGACUUUCUGAAAGCAGUUUCUUGUUGAUAGGACGGAGGCAGAACAGAUUCACAAUAAUCAUCCAACUGCGUUCACCAGUUUGUAGGUACAUUUAUUUUUUUUCUGUCACAGCGACAAACACUGACCUCCUGCAUCGCUCUGCUUCUCCUAGCAACUGCUGGGGGAGCAGGUUGCCAUGCCGACCACAUAUAACGGACAGAACGCGUGGGAUUGUUGUUGUGGCAAACAUGCAAUAGGAAGGGGAGGGAAAGGAACGGGGGGGGUUGCUCUGGAGUCAGGACACCACCGGCCAAAAACAACAACAAACAAACAAACAGACGCUGUGAUGAUGCGUCACAGAGGCGAACAGGAACACAAUACCUCCUCCUCCACACUUCAGAGUGUGUAUGUUUGUGUGUUUGUGUGUGUAUUAAUCAGAGGAAAAGUAUCAUGAGCACACAGUAACAGAGUGCUAGCACUUGGGCUGGACUUCAGGAGUGUAAAUACAAACUCAACUUGCUGGAUGCAGUCUAAUUUCAGUUUAUUUAUGUUCUUUUUACCUGGGUUCUGCUGUAUGGAAGCUCAUUAAUGCCCAACAGCGACUGACUGAUCAAAACAAAAGCAUUUAUAGUGUAAUUAGUUUGGAUCUCCAGAAUAAAAGAAUAAUAAUAAAAAAAAACAAAAACCCAAACACUGUUAAAUUAACUAAACUAAAUAGAAAUCAUAAUUACCCAACUAAAAACUAAAUUAAUUUUUAAAAGUACUGUGAACAAAUUAAUUUAUUAAAUAAUAUAAAGACAAGCAAUGAUGGUUGCACCUUUAUUUUUGAAAGGUUGUAGGAUGUGUGUUGAGCAAAUUGAACCGUGUCAGUGCAAAAUCACCAUUUUGACAACAUUUUGUCACACUUGAGACAAU